GAGAUGGAAGGAAAGGUUAUAAUAGUGACUGGUGGUGCAUCGGGUAUUGGAAGAGCAACUUGUUUGGAGUUGGCACGUGUUGGCGCAAAGGUGAUCGUGGCCGAUGUGAACUAUGAGCAGUGUUUGAAGACCAUCGAGUUGAUGCAAGAGUCCAACGCCAAGUGUGAGGCCACUGCUGUCACCUGUGACAUCUCUGUCUGUGAGCAAGUCAACAACAUGGUGCAAACUGCCGUUGACAAGUACGGUCGUCUUGAUGGUGCCGUCAACAACGCUGGUAUCCUCGGCGCCAUGGGUAGAAUUGGUGAUUACGAUGAGAAUGUCUUUAAUAAGAUGAUUGAUGUCAACAUCAAGGGAACAUGGCACUGCAUCCGCGCUCAAGUGAGACAAAUGGAGAAGCAAGGUGCUGGCGAGUACAGCAUUGUCAACGUCAGCAGCAUUGCUGGAAUCCUUGCCUUCCCCUACAACUCUGGCUACAGCUGUGUUAAGCAUGCCUUGUUGGGCUUGACCAAGAGUACCGCCGCAGAGUAUGGUGUACUUGGUAUUAGAGUGAAUGCCGUGUUGCCAGGUGCUGCUGACACUCCAAUGCUUAGACAGUACGUCCCAACUGAGGAGGCCGUCGCCGGUCUGCUCAUGAUGACACCACUCCGUCGCAUGUCCCAGCCAUCCGAGAUUGCCAAGCCAAUCCUCUUCUUGCUCUCCAACGAGUCAUCCUUCACCACUGGCCAGUCCCUCGUUGUCGAUGGUGGACUCUCUGUCGUCUAA